GCCGCCCGCCGCGGCUCCGAGGGGGAGGAUGCGCUCCGGGCCGGCCCGUCCCACAGCCGCAGCCGCAGCGCGCCGGGCCGGCGGCACCGCGCCCGAGGAGCCGCACUGAAGGGCGUGGGGCAUGCGCUGCCUGCGCCGGCCGCAGCGGGAAGCGCCGGCGGCGGCGGGGCCAGAUAAAUGGCUCAUUUAAACUGGGAGCUACUGAAAUACUCUCUGGCUGGCAAAUGCAGUGCCUAGCAGCAGUCAUCAAGGACGAACCAAACAUGAGUGGUGGAGGGGAACAGGUCGACAUUCUCCCGACCAACUAUGUGGUCAAAGAUCGCUGGAAAGUGCUGAAGAAGAUUGGUGGAGGUGGCUUUGGGGAGAUCUAUGAGGCGAUGGAUUUGCUGACCCGUGAGAAUGUGGCCUUGAAGGUAGAAUCAGCUCAGCAGCCCAAGCAGGUUCUCAAGAUGGAAGUGGCUGUCCUGAAAAAGCUGCAAGGGAAGGAUCAUGUUUGCAGAUUUAUUGGCUGUGGAAGAAAUGAAAAGUUUAAUUAUGUGGUCAUGCAGCUUCAGGGCCGAAAUCUUGCAGAUCUCAGAAGGAGUCAGCCUCGAGGGACUUUCACACUGAGCACAACGCUGCGAUUGGGCAAACAGAUUCUGGAAUCAAUAGAAGCCAUUCACUCUGUGGGAUUCCUGCAUCGUGACAUCAAGCCUUCCAACUUUGCCAUGGGCCGCUUACCUUCAACAUACAGGAAGUGCUACAUGUUAGACUUUGGUCUGGCCCGGCAGUACACCAACACUACUGGGGAAGUCCGACCACCUCGUAAUGUUGCUGGUUUCCGAGGAACCGUCCGCUAUGCCUCCGUGAAUGCACACAAAAACAGGGAGAUGGGUAGACACGAUGAUCUGUGGUCCCUCUUUUACAUGUUGGUGGAGUUUGCCGUUGGUCAGCUUCCAUGGAGAAAGAUCAAAGAUAAGGAGCAGGUUGGCAUGAUAAAAGAAAAGUAUGAACACCGAAUGCUGCUAAAACACAUGCCUUCAGAGUUCCACCUUUUCCUGGAUCACAUUGCAAGCCUAGACUACUUCACCAAGCCAGACUAUCAGCUUAUCAUGUCCGUUUUUGAGAACAGCAUGAAAGAAAGGGGCAUCACUGAAAAUGAAGCCUUUGACUGGGAGAAGGCUGGUACAGAUAUCUUGUUGUCCACUAGCACUUCAACUCCACCACAGCAGAACACCAGGCAAACAGCAGCCAUGUUUGGGGUGGUUAAUGUCACUCCAGUACCUGGGGACCUGCUCCGUGAGAACACUGAGGAUGUCCUACAGGGUGAACAUUUGAGUGAUCAAGAGAAUGCUCCUCCCAUCCUGUCAGGUCGGCCAGUGGAAGGUCUUGGUCAGGCUCCAAACACGGCUUUCAAUGAGGGUGAAGUUUGGGAAGAGACAGAUGUGAAUCGCAACAAACUCAGGAUCAGCAUCAGCAAAACUCAGUGCAUGGUGGAAGAGGAGCAGAGAAACGGGGUGUGUCCCAGUUCCCCUGUCCGAGUGCCUCCGGAGUCCCCGACCGCACAAGUGCGCUCCCUCCGCUACCGCCGCGUCAACAGCCCCGAGUCAGAACGGCUUUCCACAGCUGAUGGAAAAGCAGAUCCACAUGAAAGAAGGUCUCGAAUGGAUAUCCCUGGCUCUCCAUCACGGCUCGUGUGCUCCUCGCAGCCAGCCCAGAUGCUGUCCAUCGAUACUGGCCAGGCUGACCGGCAGGCGAGCGGCAGGAUGGACGUGUCCGCGUCCGUGGAACACGAAGCCCUCAGCAACGCUUUCCGCUCAGUGCCGCUCGCAGAGGAGGAGGACUUUGACAGCAAGGAGUGGGUUAUCAUUGAUAAGGAGACAGAGCUGAAGGACUUCCACCCCGGUGCUGAGCCAAGCACCUCUGGAACCACGGAUGAGGAGCCUGAGGAACUAAGGCCUAUUGAAGAUGGGGAAGAGAGAAGGCGCCUGGGGGCAGAUGCUGCAGUCAGGCCGAAGACUCAUGAUGGGCGAAGUCGGGGUAUGCUGCCUGUGACUGAGGAGGACAGUUCCCAUAGACAUGAAGGACCUUCUCAAACGGUGUCUGAUAGUAGACAUGAACAGCAGACAGGAAGUCCAGCCCAUUCCCCCUUACAUUCAGCACCAGCUCUCCGACAAAGGAGACGAGAAUCUGAACCUACUGGUCCUCAGAGACAGGCAUACAUGCUGAAGUCAUUUGAAAUGAAUGGCCUGCCCAAGGCAGUCCCUUUAAGUUUGCCUUACCAAGACUUCAGAAAAGAUAUGUGCAACUACUGGGAAAAGCCUAAGUUAUCCCAGCGGAUAAAGAAAGUUGAUUUCUCAAACAUUGUCUUGACUGCUCCUUGCAAACCUCUGGAACCUUAUCUGGAAAUGAAUGGAAAAGAGGAGGAGGAGGAGGAAGAAGAUGAGGAAGACUACGAGGAGGAGGAAGAUGAGCAAGAUGAGGGGGAGGAGGAGGAGGAAGGCAAUGAGAUUGACAUGCACAGUGAUUCCAGCAGCGACCUGAGUCAGAAGAGCACGGAGCGCAGCCAGGAGUGUGCACCAUCCACGCUCCUGGCUGAUGACCAGAAGGGGUCCAAGGGUCGAGCAUCCACUGCUGACGGGGACCUGGAGCUGGAGGAAGGCUCAAAAACAUUAGUGCUGUUUUCACCAGGUGAUCUGAAAAAGUCUCCAGUGGCCACAGACUUACCUCCAGAAGUUGAUCUGGGCACUCUCGCUGCACUGACACCUCAGAGCGAGCGGCCACAGCCCAUGGGGAGCCAGUUGGAUGUGUCUGAGCCAGGGACCCUGUCCUCAGUCCUUAAAUCUGAACCAAAGCCUCCCAUGGCAGUGGCUACAGCUUCCUCCCCGUUUACCAAAGUUGAGCGCACAUUUGUUCACAUUGCUGAGAAGACCCACCUAAACGUGAUGUCUUCCAGCGGGCAGCUGAUGCGGCACGAGGAGUACUGCCCCCUGGGGCAGUUCGAGGAGGUCAUCAUCGAGGAGGAGCUGGAGGACAACCUGGUGCUGGUGGAGAAUGGAAGCAUCCAUUCCGGGCUGGAAGGGGCAGAGACGGAGAGCUGCGCGCUUUCGGCCAAUCACGUCGAGACCACCUCAGAGACUGUGGGGGAGCAGCCGGCCCUUCCCAACGGCGUGCCAAAACUUCCUGAGGACAAGCCGGAGCUCUCCGGCAAGGCAGCGCUCUCGCUGGAUUUGGAAGAGCCUGAGAAGGUGGCUACAAGGGAGCCCGGUCUCGAGAAGGCGGCAUCAGCGACAGAACACCUGAAGCGAGCAGAGACCCUCCUUGAGACGCCGCAGCAGGGCCCCAGGAGGCCGCUGGGCUCCAGGUAUAGAAGUCGGAUACCCAUUUUGUUCUCUGAGGAGGACACUGGCUCAGACCUUUCAACUUCACUCUCAGCCAAAGAAAGGCUUUAUAAGAGGGCAAAGCAACCCGACCUGGCUCGCCUGGUGAUGGAGAAGAGACAGAACCGCCUCCUCCGGCUGGCCUCAGGUGCCUCCUCCUCAGCCUCCUCCAGCGACGAGCGGCGGCGAGCCUCCGAAACCCUAUCAGCCACCGGUUCUGAGGAGGACACCCACGACUCUGACGACUCCAUCCCACGGAAGGGAGAGAAAAAGGUUGCACUGCUGGGGAGAGAAGAGAGAGCCAUAAGCACAAGGAGCAGAAUCCCUCGUCCCAUCGUGCCGGUGAAAACGCCACUGGAGGUGGCGAGGUCAGAGAGCUCCGUGGCCACUGCAAUGGCAGGGCUGUGUGGCUCCCCGCAGGAUGCAGCUGCUGCCUGCAGGCUUCAGACACAGAGACCAGCUGGAAGUGUCCCAUACGAGGGCCGAACAACACAGGUACAAAGUCGGCUUCCUUCAUCACCAAGUUCCACUUCUCUUCCUCCGCGGAGCAGCUCGCAGAGGUCCAGCGGUGCAUCCCCUCGGAGCCCUGUCCUUCCUUCCAGGAACCCCAGUACUUCCCCCAGAAGCCAGCUGCUGCCUCGGAGGGAAAGUCCUUCUCCCUGCCGACAGCAUAAACCAGGGACUGCUCCUCAGAGAGUUCCUCUUUCCCCCCGACCUCAGCCCUCAGCUCAGGCCCCGGGGCCUACAGGAGAUUCCCUGCCAUCUCCUGGCGUGGCCAAAAAACGACAAAGAGGAAAAACCCAGACUCAAAGUCCAGCAACCAAAGGAAAGCAGGUGUCCCUGGAAAGUAAGGCAGCUGCCAGAUAAUGACCUUCUUCUGCGAGCCCAACAGACUGGGUAACUUCUGCAUAUAGUAUACACUUGAGAUGCUGCAGCACAGCCUUCCAUGCUGGACCCACGAGUGUAUAGCAGUAGCUGUACUUGAAUGCUUCACUCACUCUCACCCCACACCGCAAUCAGCUCCCACGGGCCUGGCAGCCUCUGAGCCACGGAGCCUUUUCAAGGGAGACACCCAGCCCGCAGCUCACGCUUGCUAACGCACAGCACCAAUCCGUGACCCAGGCAGCCUGCCCAGUGCCUGACCUGCCUCCCUCCCCAGGGAUUCCCCUCUCUGUUAGCAAUACCAGUCCUCAACACCGAGUCCAGCUGUGGAAAGAGGAGCAGAGGUGAUGAGAGCAAGGCUUGCUAAAGAGGGAGGCUCCUGUCCUUCAGGCAGCUGCCUCCGUUCUCCUUGCUGGGAAAACACCAGCCUUGGUCACCACCAUCACCGAGUGUUGGCUCACCUCCCACCACCUGUGUGAGCAAGGGAUUGCCACUAGCUUGUUCAAGAAGGAUGGAUGCAUCCUUGUGUGCUGAGAUAAGAGAAGGGACAAGGAGAAGAGGGCUCUUCUUUCCAGAGAUGUCUCUACGGGUGGGAAUUAGGAGUCAGGCAGGUCUUGCUGGAUGCUCCUACCUGCUCUGGUAUGUCCCACAGAGGGGGCUGUCUAGCAUUGCUGUUCAGACACUGCUGCUGUUUCAGCAGGUGCCUGCGUGGUGGGUACUUACAUGGAAGUAGGGAUGUGUUGGCAGCUUGCUGGGAAAUCAAGAGCUCUUGCUACUUAAUGUAGAAGGGAGCACAGUACAGCCACUUCUGUCACAAAUACCAAACUGAUCUGUGGACACCACAUCUCCCAGCAAGGGUGGGUCCUCUCAGCCUGAGUGUGAUUGGUGCCACAGACCUACAGUCCACCAAACACAGCUCCAUUGUGAAGAUGUGAAUAGUCACUGGAUGCCUUUAGCCUGGGUGCCCCUUGCACCUGAAUUCCUUGUGUUUUAUUGUCACGCUCUUGGUGUUUGUGAAUUUUGACACUGUGGUUUAAUGUUCCCCUACAUGGCAGGGUGGGAAAUUAUUAUCCUGUAGUAUACCCAAAACCUGCUGCUUUGCAGUGAGAGGUUUGCUGCCAUGCCAUGGGUACCUUGUGCAUUUCUCUCUGAGGGGACAGUGGGCUGAGUGGCAGAGGUGGGGUUUAUGUCUUUUCCUUGGUGCUCACCUCUGCCACACGUUGAGGACAGACAAUGUGAACAUAAAAGCAAGGGCUGUGCUCUUCAAGUAAUAUUAUCUGAGCAGAAGCUUAGCACUCAGCUAGAGCUAAAUCAACCAGCUGUUUAGCCCCCAGACUAAUUAGGAAGGCUUAAAAGUGAGAGCAAGGACUGAUACCUGUCUAAUCUUGAUGAGAUCUUGAAGUAGGCAAAAUUUUCCCCACACCUCACAGGAGAAUACACUCCAGACCCAAAUACUUUGCGCUUCAAACCACUGUCAUGCCUAAAAGAGGCUUUGCAUGAGGCAGAACAAAAACUCAGCUGCUCUGUACACCCAUUCCUGCAGUUGCAACUACCUGCAAAUAUUUACUGUUUGCAGGCAACAAAGCUUGACAGCAGAAUCUGAACAGUAAUAACCUUGAUUUGUUUGAAUAUGAAUGCAAACAGUCACACUGAUGGCCAUCGAGUUCAAGGAAUCCUGAAGUUGUUCAUAUCUACAGGAGUCCUGGAAAGGAGUAUGAGAGCUGUGACAGGGUGGCUGGGAGAAGAGGGUACUCCUUGCACACCUGAACAGGGAAGUGUGUAGAAACAGGAGGAAGGAAUUACCUCUUUAUAUGACAGUCUCAGUGUUGCCAGCACUAAGAAUUUAUUUCACCUAGCUUAAAGUGUUUUCCAUUGAUGUGGUUCACCCUGGUCGAGUAAGCAGCACAGCCUAGCCUGAAAACAUGCCCUCAUCUUUGCAGAGCAGCACUGGGAACUCAGAGGGAACUCAGCUGUGGUCUGAUGGACUGAGCUAGUGUUGCCAUCAAAAGCAACAUCCCUCCAAGUUCCAUCUGCUUCAUUGCACAGUUCCACCACAUUCACACUGCAGCAGCUGUUGGAGAAAGUGGCUGGAAAUGCUGAUCCAGCACAACACGAACCACUCUGAUUCGCCAGUUUGGUUUUCAUCUGGUUCAUUUCAUCACUCUGGUUCACCAUUUGCAGGAAAAGGAGAGGAUAGAGAGUGUGAUGACUUCUUCUGGUGGCAAUAUAACUUUCUGUGAGUUUGAAGUGUGGGUCAGACUAGAACCUAAGUAUGUGCUGCAGGUUUAGAAACUAGAAAACAGAUUAAACCCAAAGACAGAUUCUUUCCAGAAAUAUAAAUCAUAAUGGGACUCCUCUUAGUUUAUUGGAGGGCUACUAAUUUUAGAGUGCUCAGAUGAUAAGACUUGGUUGUGAAGCCUUUACCAGCUGCUCUAUCCAGGUCUUAGAUGCACAUGCCAAAAAUUACAUUGAAAGAGCUUGGAAAAAGGACUACAGGACUAUUAACAGGGUUAGCAAACCUGCCUCAUCAUGGGAAGCCAAUAAAGCACAAUCAGUGUACUUAUUCAGGAAAAAGUUUAAAGGACAGUUUUGUGUGGCCCUAUGUCAGGAAGGAAGCUCCAGGGCAGAGACAAGGCCGGGUUGGACAGGGCCCUGAGCUUCCUGGUCUAGUGGAAGGUGUCCCUGCCCAUGGCAGGGGGGCUAAAACUGGAUGAUCUUUAACGUCCCUUCCAACCCAAGCCAUUCUGUGGUUCUGUGGUCUUCAUCUGGCACAUGAAAGCUGGGAAGACAGAGCAGCUGAGAACAGCAGAUGAAGAAAUUGGGCAGGCUUUUAAUUGUGAAGCAACCAUCCAGUGAAAUCUUUCAUGGGACUGUGGGGACUUUUUCUUAUUAAAAGGUUUCUGUGAAACCAAGCUGUCUUCUAAGAGGUCUUUCUGCCAUGACCCAACCACAAGAAGCAGGCAGGAUGCUGGUGACACCAAGGUAUCAUCUCUGUGGUGCAGUAGGUUCCUGGUACCACCCACAUGCCAAAGCUGGUAGAUACUGGAGAGCCACCUGACAGGUCCCACAGGUUCCAGAAAGCCAGGGAAAGAUGGCCAGUGUGGAAAAUACAGCUGUUCUGUUCACAGUGUUGUUUGACAGGGCUGGACUGAGGGUGCAGCUGGGUCCACAGAGAUCGGAGGGAGACCAGCAUGAGUCAUCUCUCCUCGUGGUUGUGCUACCAGACUCCCUGCCCCUGCACAGCCCUGCUUCCCGGCUGUCCCUGGCAUGGAGAGCAGCAGGAGAGUGUGUCAACAGCAUGGUGCUCCCGGGUCAUGUCCUCUGGGAUGGAGGUGCUCCCAUCCUGGGGAGCAGCACACACAGAAUUUCACAUUCCUCGUGUGUGUCUCUUGAUGCAUUUUCUGGCAGCAGGGGUGCUCUCUGCUAGUGUUACUGAGAAAACAAUCCCUCAGAAGGGUCAACAGCCCCUCUGGGUCCUCUCUUCUUCUGCUGCCCUGUAGGAAGGUUGGAAAGGCACCUGCCAUAGUUGGAGCAAACAGGGGAGGUCAUGUCUGAGGACAAGAGGGAAUGAGGCCUGUGAUGUUAGGGAGAAGUUAGGUGGUUGAGGAACGCCAGAGGAUCUAGUCUGGCAUCACAGGACAUGGUGGGCUGUCACAUCCCAGAAAAGUGGGAGAGGCAAGACCCUGCUGUUGUCUGCUAUGAGUCAUGUGCAAGCUCUGUCAAGCCUUGAGGACACACAGGACUGCUCGAACACUGCUGGGGGUGUGUGGCUGUGUCCUUGCUUCACUGCAAAGAGAAGAUCGAGAAGAAGAGGGAGCUGACCAGAGCAGAUGAAAUGCCUAGGAAGAAUGAAAAAACUGUGUGGGGUCAGGGGAAGAGAAGCAGGUUUCCCAGCACUUUCUUGGGUUUGUGGGCGUUUCUACGAGCAGCCUGAUACUAUGUGUUUCCCCAUCAGUGUCUGCUGCAGGGUCUGUCCAGGCCAGCUGUAGGGAGUUGUGCCCAUGUGUAUUUUGAGGGAACUCCUGGGACAGGCUGCCACUGUUCCUUCAUCUGUGCAUUCAUCUGCACAGGUAGGGACAGACAGGUCUUUUUCACCUGUGUUGGGACUACAAGAGUCUUUGGGACUGCCUGGUGUAGUGCUGAGUCCUCACUCUGCAGGGGCCUUGCCCACCAGCCAAGAAGAUGUCACCCUGGCUGGUGAAAAGGAGCCAAUGGUUGCUGUCUGGCCAGGAGCUGCCUGCAAAGAAACGUGGAUACAGGAGGGAUGUGCCAAGUGGGGAAUCUGAAAGGCAGGUCUCAGCACUAAGCCAGUGUGGCAAUGGAUUAUAUGAGCAGAGGGAGAAAAAGGACAGAUGGCACCAGUCAGACUGAUACUGUGGAGAGGCUCAAACAUACGGAUGGAGCUGCUUAACUGAUUUGUCUGGUUGGCAGCACAGGCACUUCUGCUUGCCUUGGUGCAGAAGGUGUUUCGGUGGCAAAUAUCUCUGGGUCAGUUGUGCUUGGAAUCAGUGAGAGGCAGGAGACUUUGCUUGCCCUUUCUAAGUAAAGAAUAUUAUAAUAUAUAUAUAUUAUUAUAACAAUAUAAGUAGUGACCAUUAUAUAUAGUGACUAAAGGUUUAAAAGGAUCCUGCUACCUUCAGAGAAGUCUCAUCUGUGACUUCUGAUGUGUGCAGGGCUAACUGCUGUGUGCAGUGAAUGUGGAUGGGGGAACAGGGUACCACUCUACCAAAGUGCAUGUCAGCUGUGAAGCUCCACCUGCCUGAGCACGAGCCAGGGCCAAAAAGACACCAGCCUGGGUGGCUGACAGCUGUCCUGCUUGCCACCAGACCUGCAACACCUGCCAGACUGACACACAGCUCUGUGGGGCACGGAUCAGGAUCUGGAGCAUCGCUGUUCAUGUGGCUGCCCGGCUAACACGAGCAUUGAGAGUUUGGCAGUGAAAUGUUUUGAUCCAAAGCAGGUUGUGUUGGGGCAAGAAAAUCUUUCACAUUUCUCCUUUCCAAUACAGAGGUGUUUUCUCACUGUAGAUCCUAUGUAAGAAGAUGAUCACUGAUAGCCUGGGUAGCUCCAGCAGCAGCUCAGUGGUCCCUCAGCACACUUCUUUCUUCUCUGUAUAGUUUAUCGACCCGUGGCAUGAUCCCACCACUAUUCCACGUGCACAGACACCAAUGCCCACAUAAGGCCUUGCCCCACACAUCGGUCACCUGCAGUUAAAUUAAUCCUGUGAACACAGUAAAAGUCCCAUUGUGGACAUAAUGAGUUCGAUAUCAAAUGAGUUUCUUCUGGCUGAACUGAAACAUGCCCAUGCUCCAGCAGUGUUAGGCUGGUUUGCCAAAGCCCAUGGGGACCACCUGAGAGUUUGCAAGCACCUUUGGUUCCACCUGUUUGCCAGCUACUCCUGUACCUCCACAUGAGGAAGAGAGCUUGGGCUGCUGUUCAGGCCCUUUCCUCGUGCGGUGUGUGCCUGUAACUGGGCUGCUGGGUGCGAGCCCGUGGCUCACUGUGCUGGCUCCUGAUGUCCUCUGCAGAGCUUCCAGUGCUUGUGCUCUUCAGCAGCAGCAGGUGCUGCAUUCCAAGGGGCUGGGACACUGCUGGCAGUGGCAGCAGAGCCAGCUGACAUUAAGACCUCCAUGAGCAUUGGAGUUGGUAGCUUUGUGAGGUCAGGGACUAGCUCUGCCUCCAGGCUGAGAUGAGCUGUGAUCCCGAGUACAGCCAGAAUCCCAUGAAAUGACAGUGAUUUAUACACCAUCACUCUCCUGUCACUUCAUUCCUAAUGUAGCUCCUCUAGUAAAUCUUGUCUUCAGAAUCACUGUCUGUUCCCUCCAGGUCAGUCCCUCUCUGCUUGGGGGGUUGAAGCCCUCCUGGAUUCUGCAGAGCCUGGGGCAGACUUGGCCACCAACCUGUGCAGCAGGCCAUGCCCCAUGCAGGCCAGUGCUCUGGGUCAUAAGGAGGAACAUUUUCCCUUUUAUUUCUGGAGCUGCAAAUGGCUGGAGAGCAGAUUUUAAGUAAACACUAUGCCCUCUGUGCUUCUGAAGGAGGAUGGGAGCUACCAAAGCAGAGCUGGGUUCCCGGUAGGGACCAAAAAAAUAACUCCUCCUGCUCUUAGCUCCUGAACCAGAGGGGCCUCAGGGGCAAGAGCUCUGCUUUGGCGAGGAUACUGCGGGACUGGUGUUAGCGCAGUGCUCCUCAGUGGCUGCUCUGCCUCUGGCUUGGCCCAUCCUGCCCUGCCUGGAGCGCAGGGAGCUCUGGCACAGGUUCCCUGGAGGAGGCUGGAGCUGAUGUUUCCUUGGGAAUGCAUGGCACAGGCUUGGGACCAUCCCUGCAAAGGGUGGGAUGAGCUCUGCAGGAUGUGGGGGUACCCCGUGUGAAACCAGUGUCAGCAGGACUGCUGUGCUAUGGGACCUGCUGCUUCUUCUCCAGACAGGAAUCGGAGCUGGAAACACAGAUAAUUUUAUAUAUCUCCUUUUAACACAAUAGCAUGUGACUCUACACUCAGACGUUGUACCUGGCGCACCGAUGUUUUCCUUCGCCUCUGGCGCACUCUGGAGACAGGACUUCCGCUCCGUGGUACUGCCUGCCUGGAAAUGUGACUGAAUCCCAAGGCUAAAUCUCUCUACAUAUCUUCUUUGCAUUCUUUAGGAAAGCAGCUGGAGAAUGUUUACACACUGCAAACAGAAUGUAGGACUCCGACUGAGGAACCACAGUCUGGUUCAACUGCAUGGCAAAUUUCUUGGCCAUAAAAUCUGGCAUGCAUCACAGAAGCCCUGUCUGUGUACAGACCCACCUGGCAUUUGUCUUAAUUUCAGAUCACAUCUCAAAAAAAAAUAAACUAUUAUGCCAUUUCUUGUUCAUAUCAGACACAGUUGUCAUUAGAUUUGUUAUUAAAAGGGGAUUCUGGAUCAUGCCAUUAAAAGCCUGUCUACCUUUU